UAUGUCACUGCCUUCGGUCAAACGCUGCGUGUGGUAGGAUCGCUGCGCGAGCUUGGCUGUUGGAACCCACGUCAAGCGCCCAUGAUGAACUGGUGCGAAGGUCACCAGUGGGUCCUGGAAUGCGUCCUCCCCCAGCAAUCAUUUGAAUUCAAGGACGUCCGGUGGGAGGGUGGCAGCAACCGUGUGGUUCAUGCCGAGGACGAGGGGGAGGGCGGCAUCCCGGUGGAGAUUGUCGUAUGGCUCACAUGCCACUUUAAUGCAACCUCCAGCACGCAGCUCCAGCUCGCGGUGCCACGCGCCAGCAUCCAAGACGCCUACGAGACCGGGAUGGCCACCCUGGAGUUCCUCAAGCUCCGGCAGUUCAAGCUUGGGCAGGUCGCUAGUUCUGAGCAGCAGCGCCGCCGCCAGCACAGCGCCGAGCUGGCCCGGCUGUCUGGGGCGGUUGCGGAGCAGCGCACCUUGGUGCACCAACUGUCUGACCUGCUGAAUCAGGAGAGCGGGACCAGCCGUGUACCGGAAGCCUGGGGCACCGGACGCGGUGGGCCCGCCAGCAGUGGCGGCGCUCCGAGCACCUCGCUGUAUGCAGACGAGGACGACGAGGACAGGCUGCUGCUCCUGGCCAUUGACUCGGUCCGAGUGCCCAAACCGCUGCGCCGGAUCGCCUUCGUGCAGUCCUGGACCCCGGGACGCGCGGCAUUGUUACCGCCGGCUGACGGUGCCGCGACCAACGGCCCUGGGGCGCCUCACCACGACCAUCAACAACACCAACAACAACAUGAGCAGCAGGCAGCUGCGGUGCCGACCCCGCCGGUUCCGGUUUACAAUCCCUUCUUGCGCGGCGAGUUGGACAGCCAGAUGGAAAAUCUCACGAGCGCCGCAGAGGCCCUCCUGCAGGAGCUCAAGGCGCUUCCCCAGGAUGCGGCGGUGAUGGAGUGGGCGAGCUUGGCGCAGGAGGCAGGACAGGUCGCAGCGGCGCUGCAGGCACUGGCCGGCGGUGACGACAAAGCUGACGGCGAGUUUGUGGUCCGUGGCGAUGCCGCGACCUCAGCCCUUUCCACGCAGCUGCAGAUGCAAGAGGUUGUGCCGGUCAGCAGUGCCGUCGGGGGGGACGACACUGGCACCUGCAGUGGUAGCGGUAGCGGUAGUGCCCUGGCGGUAUUCGUAGGAGGUGCAGAGACAGGGGUUCCAGUCGCUGCCGGUCGGCUGGUAGGGUGCCCAUGCAGUUGUGGGGAUGUGGCCAUGCAGUUGGAUGGGCAGGUGGGGAGCUCCCCGUCGUGGGAUUUGCGGGAGAGAGCGGCGGCGGGAGGGGCUGGGAUUGGGACUGGGCUAGCGGGGGAGGGGGAGGGGGAGAUGGAGCGCGCUGCUGCUGCCGUGGAGGUGCGGACAGGCGGCAGAGGCACCGGGGCGGAGGAGGAUCGGAGCUUGUCGUCAGCAACGCCGUUGGCAGCGAUGGUGACGGUGACAGUGACAGACGGAGUGGGCGUUGUCGAAGGUGGUGCCAGCGCCAUGGGUGUCGUGCUGUCAGAGGCCCUCGUACUGCAGGACGCAGAACGCGAAACUCUCACAGCCAGAGCAGCGGCGCUACCACCCCCAGCGGCGGUGACGUCGGCUGCUCCGAAGGCAGGGCCCCUACAACACCUGGCAUCCUCCCUUCAAGGCCAGCUUAGGGAGUUUGGGGCGCUGGCUGUAGCCAUGCUGGCCGCCAUGAAGGGUGCAGUGGGUCUGCGGUAG